AUGUCAGGAGAAGAGUAACGAAUCAAGGUUUCAGCGCCAAAGGGAAAGUUCAAAAAUAGUCAGAAAAAAGGCGAUUUCGAAUUUUUUUAACUUCAAAAUGUUAGCAAAAGCUCAAAAAAUCCUCAAAAAAUCAUCAUUUUGAUUCGAAAAAAGCGGGGAAGUUAACUCAGAACAUAACAUGUCAGGAGAAGAGUAACGAAUCAAAAUUCGUAGAGUUUCGGGGGGCGGAAAAAGAGAGGAAGUGGUGCUCCCCGAGGCGUUGCUCUCCGUGUUGGAGGAGAACGGCCUGCGUCAAUAAGCGAGACGGGGGGCGAGAGAGCACGGCGCGGCGAGAGACGCAAACAGUCGACGUCGUCGACGUCGUCGCCCCCCGAAGGCCUCCCUUAUUUGACCAGAUCGCCUCGAGCUCUUGGGACCAGCGGAUCGGGCUCGUCGAGCCCGUCCAGCUCGUGUACGAUUCGACGAGAGAUUUGCAUCGAUUGGUGUGGGAAAAACGGCAGUUUUUUACGGAUUUUUAGUGAAAAAAAAAGUUUGAAGGCCUUCAAUUUGAAAAAUACUCUUCUUCAAAGUAACAAACAUGAAAAAGGAAGCUCCAGAACUCUCAAAACGAAGAUUUUUCAAGAUUUUGGUCGAGUUAUACAGAGGAAAAGCAUGAAAAUUGAGAUUUUUGAAGGCUUUUUGGCGAAAAAUAGAAAUUUAAAAUGGAAAAUCACAUUUUUUCGAAGUAUAUAACAUGAAAAAUGCAGCUCCAGAGCUAUGAAAAUGAAUAAUUUUUUUCAAGAUUUUGGUCGAAUUAUAUAGAGAAAAAAAUCCAGAAAAAUUGAGUUUUUUUGAGGCUUCAUCGCGAAAAAUUCAAAGUUUGAAGCGUUCCAAAUCAAAAAAUACACUCAUUUAGGAUGACUGGUAUGAAAAUGUAGCUCUAGAGCUUUUGAAAUCAAGAUUUUUCGAGAUUUUGAUCGAGUUAUAUAGAGAAAAAAAGCGUGAAAAAUUGAGGUUUUUUUGCAAAAAAAUAGAAAUUAAAAAAAUGAAAAAAAUUACACUUUUUUUCAAAGAAUACAACAUGAAAAAAAUGGAGCUCCUAAACUCUCAAAAAUGAAGAUUUUUUUCAAGAUUUCAAUCAAAUUAUAUAGAGAAAAAAAUCCAGAAAAUUGAGUUUUUUUGAAGGAUUUUUUUGGAAAAAUUCAGAAGUUUAAAUGAAAAAAAUACACGUUCCUUAAGGUUCAAAACUUCUUUUUUGAAGCUCAAAAGCUCUUAAAUUGAAAAUUUUUCAAGACUUGAGUUGAUUAAAAACGGGAAAACCGAGCUUUAAGGCUCUAAAAAUAAAGAAACUAGACUGAAAAUCCUGCAUUUUCGGCGGAAACCGUAGGAAAAAUUAUGAUUUUUGAUGACUUUAUUGCGAAAAUAUGGAAAUUCCAAGAAAAAAACUACAACAAAACAAGUCUCUAAUGAAAACUAGACAAUUAUAUUUUUAAAAAACCGACCUCAAAUCCAAAAAAUUCAGAGCUUUUCCCAGAUGUUCUUUUGAUCAGUGGGGAAAAAAAUCAGCACCAAACCUCAUUUUUCGACAAAAAUUUUUUUGUAGAAUAUCGUUCGUUCCGUUUGUUAGUACAGCUAUGUUCACAUAGACUAGUUAAAAAGUUUCUAGAUUUUUUUCAUUUUUUGUAUGAUUAAAAAAAUAGAAACUUGACUUGAACUUUGAACUUGAUCCUUUUUAAGGUUCGAGUAAACUUUCAAAUUCAAAAAAAUUCGUUAAAACUAAGAAAAAUGGAUUAAAUUUUUCCUACAAACUCCUCAAAAUUUGAAAAAAAGCGAAAUUUUUCGUACAAAAAAAGUUAAUUUUCAAAAAUAUGAGUAAAUAAAUAUAACUACCUUUGUCUUCAAUAAAAAAACAGGAUUUUGAAGCAAAAAUUUUUCUCUUUUUCCUCCGUUUUCUCUCGAACCACACAAACUUCCAUCAAUAGAAUAAAAAUGCAAACACAUUUCCAUAUUCCUUUGAAAAAUGUCAGUUUUGAAUGGCGGUUUCUGUUCGGCACAAAAAAUGAUAAUAAUACCAGGUUUUGCGUCAUCGGCUUUUUUUUUUUGGGAAGAGAGAAGAAGAGAGAAUCGAAAAGAACCGGAAGUUCACCAAAAAAAAAGCUGUGUUACAAUAGGCCUUCAGAAGGGAGGAGAUAUGGGGGCGCCGCGCCUCGUCGGCCACCACCUGCUUCCGUGGCGCAAUAGGCAGCGCGUUCGGCUGUUAACCGAAAGGUUGGUGGUUCGAGCCCACCCGGGAGCGAGACCUUUUUGCCGUUUUCGGUUUUGAUGUUCAGAGUUCAUCGAGGUGAGCAAACGGGGAAUGAGGGCGAAAAGCAAAGCAAAUUCGGAGCCAAACCGUCUCGUUUGCUCAGUUUUCGAGUGGACCCGAUCGAAAUCGUCGGCUGA